AUGACUCCUUCAGCAAUGGAGCUGCAGGUCACACUGAUCCUCAGCUGCCUGCUUUUCUCUACAGCGCUGGCACUGCAGUGUUACCUGUGCGUACCUGGUCCUUCAGGAAAUUGUGAAAACACGGUGAUGGAUUGCCCAGAUCAGUGCGGCAGCAUGACCUUAACCAUGAACAUAGGUGGUACGAUUAAGAACAUCAGUACGAAGUCUUGCAUGGCAGCGACAGAGUGCGUCAACGGGAGUGUAAACCUAGCAGAUCUGAUGAGCAUCGCCAAUACGAAGUGUUGCACUACUGACCUCUGCAACGAAGAAACACCGCCAGCUGAGAGCAACACACUGAGUUUCCUCGUCAUGCUCAUCCCUCUGCUUUCCUCCAUCAUUUUCUACUGA